CUACACAACAAGGAUCUUAAAAUCAUCUUAUGUUGUGGACAUCACCGAAGUAUACAAAGAGGAAAGUACUGCCUGUUGUACAACAAUAGUGCUAGGUACCCGAUCAUGGCGUGCUUCCCAGCGGCGACAAGUAACUGAACAUAGCAUACCUGUGCAAAUUCCACAAAACAAGUAGUUUACAUCCCACAAAUUAAAUUCAGAAAAGAAAGCAAUAUCACACACUGAUAGUCAUAUAGACAACUCAACGUCUAGGAUGACAAUGACCUUGAGACAUCAAGUUCUUGGUUGGAAAAAAUGGAUCAAUGUGAUCCUCGCCAUAUUACUCACAAUAGUUGGCGUACACUGGUACACCAAAGCGCAAACAUGCCCAAACAAUAUAAGUAUGGAUAUAUCUGCGGAUGUAAUUGUUGACACAGACACAAAUAGUAUUAAAACAGAUGCCGAUCACUUGCAAAAAGCAGAAGCAGCUUUAACGAACUUAUUCACUACGUGGGACUCUUUUCUAACCACAUUAAGAGAAGAGGAGACGUCUGAUAGAGUAGAUGGCUCGGCCAUAUAUGCAUCAGUGAAUAGUAAGCGGUUUCUCACCAUGCUGCAAAGCGAUUUGUCGGUGCUGAAACGAGAUUCCUAUCUUGUAACAUCCAUUGCAGACGAAGCGGCAGUCAAUUUAUAUUUGAGAAAGUUCGAAUCAACAGUCGAAAAGUUGUCACAAUUUCCAAUGGGUGAGAAGCAAAUGGGUAUAGACAUGAGGCUUACGGAUGGUAGUAUUACGCUCAACUCAGGGAUGGCGUUGAACGUGUAUAGUGACAUCUGCGUAGAUGGCAACAAAACAGUAUUCAUCGCCCAGGAUGAAACGGAAUUUGACAUGCUCACGAGAUGCUGCGACAAGGCGACGCCGAUUCACCAUCGCAUCAAGAGUUGCCGAGCAUCCGUGGUGUCGCUCUGUGUUGCUAAUGCAGACAAAGCUAUCGCCACAGAGAUCCGAACGCAAGAGUGGGUGGACACGAAAGGUAUACGUGUCCUAGAUGGGCUGUCCUAUUGGCUCUACUCACCAAGUAAACAAGAACACGUUGGCCACUUGGUGAAUCGCCUGACGCAGACAUUCAGCAUGCUCAUGGAUAAUACGGUACCGAACCCUGAUUGGAUUGUAUCCUCUCGGUUGGUUUCGCCUGAGUCUGCACACACAAAGUUUUUGGCUGAGGCUGUGCUGGGUGAUUUGAUAGAGCGCACGUUGUGGCGCAAAGAUAUCGAACGAGCGUUGCCGGAAAGUAUUGUCUGUAUGAAGACUGCACUUGAGAUCGAUACUUCACAGUACGAGCGCACGUUCUUCACGAAGGAGCAGGGAGAGAAGUGGCGAGAGUAUGCAUUAGAUCACUUCCCACUCAACAAGACCAUCUACACCAGGGCUUGUCCAACCCCAAAAGCAGUUGUACUGCAACGGUUGGAAGGAAGCGGUUUGCGCCAGAUCCUGAAUUUUGAUGUGAUAGAGCGUGUGUUCAAGCGCAAUGGUAUCGCCACAUAUACUAACGUCACUGUAAGCGGUGCGGAUGAUACCAAGGGGCACAUCAGCGUGUUUUCGGACUUCAGUUUGAUGAUAGCCUCUCACAGCUCCCAGUUAAAGAAUCUGAUCUUCUCACCGCGCAAUUCAAUUGUGAUGGAGGUAAGAGGUACCCCGGAGGGAUAUAUGGACCCUUCGCCUUUUGAAGAAGGAAUGUCAGAGUUGGACAUCAUCUUCGAGUUGAAUCAAGAACACAACCCCGAUCUAAGUUCCUGUCCAGAGAACCUAAACUGUAAAGUAUCCAAGAAAUAUAAAACCGACUUUUGGUUAGACGAGGCUCAGUUCGAAAAAGGACUUAAGAGUGCAUUGAAGCGUCAACAAGCUCGGUGCGGCGACAUCUGGAAAUGAUCGCAUCUUAAGCAUCACAACAUAGUAAUCGGUUUAAAAUUUAGAUAAUAAAAAUAUUCACAACCUGGAUGACUCUAU